AUGAAUGUGACAUCGUUUCAAUGGCUACUUAUUGUAGUCGCAAAAAUUAUCUAUUUUGUUAAUGGUAAUUGGAUUACUGGCAAUCUUUGUUGGUCAAUGCCAUGUUUGAAUGGUGGUUCAUGCUUUGGAUCAGCAUAUACUUAUCUUUGUGUAUGUCCUGUUAAUUUUAGUGGAGCUUUAUGUGAAAGACAUCUUGGUAUUUGUCAAGAAAGUCCCUGUGGUAAUCGAGGUGUAUGUGUUGAAACAGGUUUAACAUCGUUCGAAUGUCGAUGUUAUUUUGACUAUAUGGGUCCAUUAUGUGAAGAACAUGUACCGAAAAAUGAUGCUUCCGUAUGGUCAUCACUUAUACCUGUACAUACACGAGUUCUAUUUGAUAUAUUACAAGAAGCAUAUCGUGCUAAAGCACAAGGUAGAUCCGCAGUUCUUUCUAAUGAUGGUCACGUUAAUAUUAUGAGUUUAUUACCUAAAAAUAAUGAAUCAUCAUCAUCAACAUCUGUUCCUACUACAAUACCAACAAUAUUACAGACUACUUCUAUAGAUCCUCAAAGUGAAACAACUGAAGAAGAACUUGUUAUACAAGCUGAAGAUAUUAAAAUCGAGGAAAUUUUUCCAAAAACGACUGCUACAUCAAUGUUUGAUAUGUAUACAGAAAAUUUUACCACACAAACAUUUGAAUCAACUCAACAAUAUUAUGCUAACAAUGAUACGAUUACAAUAACCUAUCCUGAAACAUAUACGACGUCUCCAAUAAUAACAUUUUCAGGGGAAGAUUCUACGACAACUAUGUUACCUUUAACAACUUUAGAAGAUAUGACAACAGUAUCAUUAAAUCAAAAUACUUCUGUCAAUAUUACUGAAGAUCAAGAAUAUAUUAAUAUUGCUGAGUCAUCUGAUACUAUGAUAAGUUCAACAUUUCCUAAUUGGUCAAGUGAUAACAAUACAAUUACGUAUACAACAGAAAUAAUUCAAAAUUCAACUGAACAAAUCGAUAGUACUACUAAUAAAUCUGAAGAAUUAACUACAAAUAUUAUUCCUACAACUUCAUUCGAAACAAGCACUGAUUCAUCUUUUUCAACUGAUAAUAAUCUAUUGAAUACUUCAGAAGAAAUAACAACUUCAUCUAUGAUUACAACAGAUCAAUCACUAAUUACUGAUAAUUUGAUCGAUGCAGUUAACAUUACUCAAACUUCUCAUAGUCAAUUACUUUAUAAAUUAUGUCAACAACUUAUAUCCAAAAUUUUACCUAAUGUAUCAUCAUCGUCUGCUGUUCAAGCAGCUUUAUCCUUAGCAACAAAUUCAUCAUUAACUGGUAAUAGCUCAGUUGGUGCACUUUUUACUUGGAUUCAAGAAAAAUUUCAUUCAUCCACAACUACAACAACAACAACAACAACAACUACCACAUUGCCAACAGUUAUCAAUGGAAAGAAAAUGUUAUUACAACGAAUUGAUAUGGAUGAUGUUCUUCAUCAAAUGAACAAUAAUAUAGAUGAUGAACAUUAA